CCCACAGCCUAAACAGCGAAGAAAGCCCAUGAGGCACAAUUAUCAAUAUGGCGGCCAGAAACACGUCCGCCCGUCCUUCAACUUCAAAAGAUGUCUUACUUAUAUGUCACAAAUAUAUGUUUUCCUGUAAGUUGGAAUUAAGAGAAACAAUCUUUGACCAUGAUGAACUCUGGCCUUGGCAACGGUGUGCAUGGGGGAAUGGCAGGUGGGAUAGCGCAUAUUAACCACAGUAUGAUGGAGGAUGAUCUAAGUGAUGGACCAUCCUCACCUGAAAGUGCAUUUGAUGCAUCAGAUUUGAUGCACAGCUCUAUGGCGGAUGAAGUUACAGCUCAAUUGGCAGCUGCAGGACCAGUAGGCAUAGCUGCUGCAGCUGCAAUAGCAACUGGAAAGAAAAAAGGCCACCCCCACCAAUUUGAAACAAAUCCAUCUCGUAGAAAAAGACAGCAAACUCGUUUGUUGAGAAAACUGAAGAACACAAUAGAGGAAUACACAACGCGGGUCGGGCAGCAAGCUGUUGUUCUGUGUUGUACACCUGGAAGAACACCUGGGACUGCAAGUUCUUUGUAUAAAGUGUUUGGGUCUCAGCCCCUGGAAAAUGUGAUCAGAAAUUGUCGAAGCAUGGUAACCCAAGAACUGGAGAGUGCAUUGCAAGAGCAAGCUGCACAGCAUCAAGGCGACACCACACACCUUCAUGAAUUACCCCCUCUUGUCAUUGAUGGCAUUCCUACACCAAUUGACAAAAUGACGCAGGCACAGUUGCGCAAUUUCAUUCCUGAGAUGUUAAAAUAUUCCACCUGUCGCAGCAAGCCUGGUUGGGGUAAACCUGAAUGUAGACCUCCUUGGUGGCCAGCAGACCUUCCAUGGGCAAAUGUGCGGAGUGAUGCAAGAACAGAUAAGCGGGUUUCUUGGACAGAAGCUCUCAGGACUAUAGUUAAAGACUGCUACAAGCACCACGGCAGAGAGGAUUUACUUCAUGUUUUCAGUGAAGAAUCCACAACCCCAAGUGUUCAAACCAAUGCUCAAUUUGCUGGGACUAUGUUGCAAACAAUCAACAACCCAGACGGAACUGUGUCAAUCAUACAGUUGGACACUGGGCCAUCUGGCAAUUCAGUUUUUACUCUGCCUGAUGGCACCCAGGCAACUGUUGUCCAUGCGGUUAGUGCUGGUCCUCAUCAUGUCAACAUGACGGUAUGGAACUCCCAACUCAAGGAGGCAAGCCAGGCUGUGCAAACAUUGGCUGAGGUAGCAGCCAAUCAGCAGGAAGUGACCCCUGUCACACAGGUCAACAGUGUUGAGAUGGCUGAUGGUCACACAGCCAUGCAAGCAUUCACAACAGCCACAUUCAAUCAAAAUGGCCAGCUUAUAUUAUCAGGAGAUGGAUCCCUUGGGGCUUUACAGGGCAUCGUCACCAUUCCAGCAUCCAUGUACCAACAAAUGACUGGGUUGACUUUACCAGAGUCAGCACAGCAGGUAACUAUGGCAAGCGUUGGGAAUUUAAAAACAGAAAUCUCAGAAGUUUUACAUGGAGUAGAAGUCACAAGCAGUGAUGGUCAUCUCAAAACAGAAAUAGAAGUCUUACAAGGAGUGGAUCAUCAGCAGCUAUCAUGAUAUCUAGCCGACUUUUGACAUGUGUACAGCAACUGUCUUGAUUGAUAGCCCCUUACUGACAUUUCUCUAGCCAAUUCUUCCAUUUGCAACCACUCAGGCCUCUAGAGACCCAGUGAUCUCCACUUCAUCAAAGCUUGCAGUCCUUUGGCAUUUUAAUGGCUGCAUUUGUGAUAAUUUUUUAAAAUUUUUAACAUGUUUGUGGCUAAUUUGGUGUAAAUGAUUUUUUUGUACAAUUGUUAAUAUGUCACAUUAAAUUUAAAUUGAAAAAAAAAAAAACAAAUUGUGAA